UUUGCAACAGAACUACUUAUGAAUCACUCCACUACAAAAACGAUAUAAUUCAAGGAAUGUGUGACGUGAAGGUUAUGUCACAAUGCACGUUACUGUUGAGUUUGCUCGCAUAAUUGCAGGUGUGGUUGGUUAACUAAUUACACUUCAAUUCACUGCAUACUAUUAGGGUAGUAACCAGGUAACAGACUUGAUCCUUCAGUUAGUGCAUCACAUGGCUUAGAUAUAUGUCUGUUUUACUGUUAAAAGGAGGUUUGCUUCACACUCAGUCUCAGUAUAAAAAUCUAUCUUUAUCUAAGCAAACAUUUAAACAGAAAAAGGGCAAAUUUACAUGUCGGUUUUUAUGGAGGGUGCAGUUAUGAAGCAAGUCACAUUUAUACAAAACACUUUUUCUUAUUGCACCUGGGUUUUGUUUAAAUAUUAUUUGAUAAACCACAAUACAGUGUAAAUUAUGUACACUGCCACUUCUUGUUCAAAGCCCACAUUUCUGCAGGAUGAGCUGACUCCUCAUAAGACAUGCAUCACGAUUACAUUAUAACCACUUACAGAGUAUAGAGCAUUUAUUGUCUGAGCUUAAAAACUGAUAUAAUAGGUCAGUGAACUCGAGCCAGCAAGAUUAUAGACAUAUUUUUAACACAGUGCUUUAACAUGUGGGAUUAUAAUAACUUUGAAUUAACAGUCUUAACACAUAGGCUAAAGUACUUAUGCGUGUAUACCCUGAGAACCACCAAGUUCUGAAACUAUAUUGGUAAGAUUUUUUAUCAGCUACAGUGAAAGAACCUGAUGCAAUUUGUAAAUUGAUAAUGCACAUUGAGAAGCUGGAAUAUCAAAAAGCAGUUCUUUGAAAUCAAAGCUCACAUAUUGUACAGAAAAUUCUCAGUGUUCUCUGUAAUUCCAGCCACUUUUUUUUCUUAAACACACACAUGCACAAACCAAAUGGUUACGGAUUUGGGAUUACCAAUUGCGGACUUGUCUUAAGGGAUAAACCACAGGAAUAAAGCCUCUCUCCGACCAGCCUCUCUGAGUUAAAACAGAAGAAUAAGCAGAAAGGGAAAGGGAAGAGGACGGAUAACUUGUGGAGAUCCAUCACUUCUCAAAAGGAGGAAAAGGUAGGAUAAUACAGUUUUUAUAUAUAAAUGUCUCUCUAAGCAUUAAAUUACCACAAAUUACUUUUUCUAUCACACAUGCUCUGGGUCUGUUUUUUUAUUUUUUAUUUCACAUGCACUGCCGUAUUGUUGGUGAUGAUUACAAUUUGCUGUUGCAAAUAUGUCACAUUGCAAUUUGGUCAAAGUAAUAUUCAGUUUAAAUGUGAAAGCAGUAAUAUCUGAUCAAAUUAUAUUGAGGUAUUCUGGUAUUUUUUCAAUAUGUUUUUACUAGUGUUAUGAAACUAAAUUUGAUUUUCUUAACCUGAUCUGUAAUUUUAUAGGAUAAUUUAUAUUUUAAUUGAACAGCAUCAGUAUGGGUACAGUAUCUGAUUUAUGUCUGCAGGCAAUUUGAACAUCAUGGGUAAUAUAACCCACAAUUGUAUUUUGUCUGUUUUUCUCACUAAUAAGCCUGAAAACUAAUUGGUUUUCACCAAUGAGCAGCUUAAGCAGCUCUGUCACGGGCAUUAAUAUUAUGCUUCAAAACAAUGCACCCCCCCCCCCCCUCUUCGGGUCUCGUUCCCUCACAAAUGCCUUUCUUUCUUCCAUAAGAGUAUUAUCCAAAGAUUUCUCAUGUGCCCAAAGCAGUUCUGUAUUACAAGCACCUCUUCUACUAAGGCCCUCAGUGAACAGGUUCAACAAACCAGCACAGUGCUUCAAUAAGACCCUACAUCAUUGUGAAAUCGAGUAGGGAUUUGAUUGUGGGAAUUCCUGAAAACAUCAGAUUUGAAAGGUUUCCAUGUCAGUACCUAUUAACAUUUGCUCAACAUGUUUUUUCAGCCAGCACGAUCUCCUCCAGGUGACCAAAAACCCACUUCUAAUCCUGGAAGCAGCAUGGAUACACAGUAUGUCUACGACCUUUUAGGGGAAAAUGCUUGGUUGUACAUCAGUGCCACCUUUGUGGUGCUGUGGAUUCUUGUGUGGCUGUACAGAGACAGCCUGGAGAUUGAGAACAUCACUGACAAGUACGUCUUUGUGACCGGCUGCGACUCUGGGUUCGGAAACUUGCUGUGUAAGAAGCUCGAUCGAAAAGGUUUCCGUGUGCUGGCUGGCUGUCUCACAGAAAAGGGAGCUGAUGAUCUGAAGCGGGUGGCAGGGCCUUAUUUGAAGACUGUCCUGCUGGAUGUGACCAAUCAGGACAGCAUCCAGAAAGCCAUGGAGUAUACCAAGGAGGUGGUUGGUGAUAAGGGGCUUUGGGGUAUUGUGAACAAUGCUGGACGCUCAUUACCCAUGGGCCCUUCAGAGUGGAUGAAAGUGGAGGAUUUCCACAGUACACUGAAAGUCAACAUGAAUGGAGUGAUCGCCAUGACGAUGACUUUCCUGCCUCUCAUCAAAAAGGCCCGAGGCCGCAUUGUAAACGUAGCAUCAGUACUCGGUAGAGUGGCUGCAAACGGUGGUGGAUACUGCAUCUCCAAGUUUGCAGUGGAGUCUUUCUCUGACUGCCUCAGGAGAGAUAUAAACUACUUUGGAGUCAAUGUAUGCAUCAUUGAGCCAGGGUUUUUCAAGACUGCAGUGACGAGCCUCGACCCCCUCGAGAGGGAGCUGCAUCGCUUGUGGAACCAGCUCAGCCCUGAAGUCCAAGCCAGCUAUGGAGACAAGUACCUUGAUAAGUACAUCAAGGUCCAGCGGUUGAUCAUGAAUGCUAUCUGUGACUCUGACCUGACCAAGGUGACCAGCUGCAUGGAGCACGCUCUGACAGCGGCCUACCCACGCAGCAGAUACAGCGCCGGCUGGGAUGCCAAGCUUAUCUGGAUCCCCCUCUCUUACAUGCCUUCCUGUGUGGUUGAUAUUGGCCUGAAGCUGGUGCUGCCUCGUCCUUCAAAGAGUGUGUAACUCAUGAUGACUUCGAAGAAAUGUCUUCAAAGUCAUAAGCCUUUUCUAUGUCAUUUAAUGUCAUUUUGUGUCAUUUUGAUGCAGUACAGAGGCUGAAUUAAAAAUAUAUAUAUAUUGUGCCUUUCAAAAUACCCAUAUUCUUUAUCUGCACUGGCAAUGCAAUGAUCUGAUGUUGCAGUUAUUAUUAUAUUUAUAUGUGAAUGAUCUGCCAUGUAAAAGUAUUUUUCCCUUUGUAAUGUCUGCUUGAUAGACAAUAUGAAAGCAAAUAAUGAAAGUGUGCAGUAAAAUUUACUGUAUAAAUAUUUUGUUUGUUAACACUAUGCGGUGCCUUUUGACACUGAUAUUUAUGAAUGCUGUU